UUUGGGGGCGUUUGCACAACAAAAGCAGGGCUGAAGAACUGUGAAAAUCUCAACAGGGGGGAAUCACACCUCAGGACCCACAGAAAAUAAAAAAUCCAGUAAAUCUAGUGGUAAUCUACAGAACAGACACAACUCCUCACCAGGGUGUCGCCACACAUGCAGGACACCAUCUGAGCCAAACAAGUUUAUUUUAGUCUUAUCAGACCACAGGACAUAAUUUUACUAAUUCAUGCUCUUGUAAUUUGUCUUCAGUAAACUGUUUCCAGGCUUUCUUUUGAGCCAGAUUCAGAAGAGGCUUCUGGGACGACCGCCAUGCAAACUGACUUGUUGCAGUCUGAGCAGUGACAAGCUGACCUUCUAUUUCUGCAACCUCUAAAGCAAUGCUGGAAGCCAACUUCUGCACCUGAUGCACAGCACGAGGACUCAACUUCUCCGAUCGACCCUUGCGAGGCCCGUUCUGAGUGGAACCCAUCUUGGGAAACUUUUGUAUGACCCUGGCCACUGUACUGUAACUCAGUUUCAGGGUGUUACUGAUCUUCUUAUAGCCGAGGCCAUCUUUGUGGACAGCAACAAUUCUAUUUCUCAAAUCCUAAGAGUAUUCUUUGCCAUGAGGCCCCAUGUUAAACAUGCAGUGUUGACAUUAUGAGAGAAUUGUACUCAAAGCAACAAAUUUUAACUGCUUUAAUACAAGAUAAACUAUAAUUUUACAUUGGUGUCAUUUAGCUAAUUUUUUUUCAUCCAAAACAAGUGUCUACAGUUUCAAAUAAAAGUCUGAACAGCUGAGAAUUAAGGGCGUUUAUCAGGAGUCCAACAAUGGCAGCAUUGUAGUGCUUGGAUUUGAUAUCAUGACCUUCCAAUCAGUAGCCCAGAGUCUUAACAGCUGAGCUACCACUAAACCCCACAGCUUAUAAAUAACAAUGGGAUCCACACAGACAGGAACUUGUGUGAAGGUGGAGAUUCUGUUAUUAAUUAACUAAAGUUGGACAUGCUCCAGAGUGUUACUGGGAAAGGCUUUAAAUUUUAGUUCUACUCCGUGAAAGAGAAAACCGAAAACCUGAUUACAAAAGAUUUUAUAGAAAGUGCCAAAACAAAGAUAACGGUUUCUUCAGAAAUGAGAUUGAAACCUACCACGUGACAGCAGUGUUAUAAAAAGGUGAGUAUCUGAGAGCAGGAGAGCGAGAGACCAGUCGGUUCUUCUACAGUUAAAGAUCACUAAAAUAAGAUCUCCUGUGUUCAUCUCACUUCUUCUACCGAACUUCAACAUCAGUUUCCAGCAGCUUGUGAUUUCUGAUAUCCAUCAUCUCACGCUUGUCAUCAUACUCUUCCUCAUCACACACUCCUUCACUGUGUGUAAGGAUGAAACUCCUCUCUCUGGUGCUCCUGCUCUCCUCUUUCUCCUCACUGACCCUGACGGAGGUUGUUAAAUCUUUUAAACAAUCCUGUCCUAACUUCUUUGUCCGGAACCCGAAAAAAACAAGUGACAUCAUCAUCCCCACUAUCUUCACUGGACGUCAGUAUAAGACGAUUUGCCAGCGCUGGGAAAACAAAUACAGGUUUGCCACCGUGUACGACACUGUAAGGAGGAUCCCUGUUUACUCGGCUUACACACUCUUACAGGCAGGAACGACUGUCCGCAGCGAUGAGUGGAAAAUUGAACCUCAGCUGGAAGAUAUUAAAGAAUAUAAAGAGAAGAAAGAGAUGAUUGAUUCCCCGAGAGAAGCAGGAAAGAUAGUUAACCAGGCCGUGAGCUCUGAUUAUACAGGUACAGUGUUUACUAGAGGUCACGUGUUUCCACGCCAGUUUGCUGCUGAUCAGGAUCAAGCAGAUUCCACCUUCACUUUAACUAACGUAGCUCCACAAACACAGGGCAGCAACCAAAAUUGGGCUGCACAAGUGGAGGAACCGAUGCUUAAUGAAAUUAACCAAGAAUGCAUACUCGACCAAAAUAACCAGGCGUACAUUGUGACCGGAGUCGUCCCAGGGAAGAACUGGAUACCCAUAACAAGAGAAGGAAAAAACUAUCAGGAAGGAAUUAACAUUCCCAGUCAUGCUUGGAGCGCUUACUGUUGCAGGGAUAGAACAGAUUAUAAUCAGCUCAUAGUGAACACCUACUUAGCUGAUCUAGACAGAUUUGAUCUCAGGCACCCCAGCAUUAACAACCUGAAUAAACGUCUGACUGAACUGUAUAACACAGGGACACCUUUUAAUGUGUUCCCAGGUUUAGACUUAGAUAAUUAGCAUGUGGACCUCACGGAUCCAAGUCAAGUACAAAUCGGAAAUGAAACCGAUUUAUAAUCUGGAUUAUGUGUCAUGAAUCUGCACAAAAUAUCACAUAAUAGUGAAGCAUGGUGGUCGGAUCAUAAAAUCAGCUUCUUGGUUGCUUCACUCUCUCUUUCUCUCAAUAAACUAUAAAUAAUUCUAUUUAUAAGUAAAUAUUGUAACAUAUGCAUAAUGAUUCACCCUGAAACCCUGAAGCAGCUUCCACCAGAUGUAACUGCAUGAAUUAUCUAUGUUAUUACAUAUGUAUGUAAUUAUGAUGUAAUAAGUAAUUGAAUUGAGUUAUUCUGUGUUCAACUGCGACAUAUGUCGAGUGUUCAGUGAUCUCAGGAUGCCUGUCGCUGAAAGAACUCAGGGUUCUGAGAACAUAUGAAACAUUUAUAUUUAAUAAAGACGGUUUAAAAUUUGAA